CAUAUUUUAAUGCUUAAUGUUACUGGCAAGAUUAGGAUCUAGAACUAUUUUAAACAAAAUGAGUAUUAAAGCAGCAUUAAUAGAUUUAAGUGGUACAUUACAUGUUGAAGAUAAUGAAACACCAGGCUCGGUUGAAGCUCUUGAAAGAUUACGAAAAACUGGAAUUCAAAUUAAAUUUGUUACGAACACCACAAAGGAAUCUUCACAAACGCUAUAUGAUCGUCUAAUUAAAAUUGGAUUUAAGCUUGAGAAAGAAGAAAUUUAUAGCUCUUUGAGUGCUGCUCGGGAUUUCGUUAAAGAUGCCAAUCUAAAACCAUUUUAUUUAUUAUCUGAAGAUGCAAAAAAAGAUUUUCCUCCACAAUCAUUAGAGAAUGAAUGCAAUUCCGUGGUAGUAGGUUUAGCUCCGGAAAGUUUUCAUUACGAAUGCUUAAAUAAAGCGUUUAAUAUCCUUUUAAAAAACAAAGAAUAUCCAUUAGUGGCUGUUCACCAAGGAAAAUAUUAUAAAAGAAAUGAUGGUCUUGCUUUGGGACCAGGAUGUUUUGUAAAAGGAUUGGAAUAUGUUACUGGAAAAAAUGCUACUGUUAUAGGAAAACCAAAUAGAUACUUUUUUGAGAAAGCUGUUCCCGAUGGAAUUCAAAUCGGGGAAUGUGUUAUGAUUGGAGAUGAUGCUAAUGAUGAUGUCGCUGGUGCAAUGAAUAUUGGUAUGAAAGCUAUAUUAGUUAAAACAGGAAAAUAUCUUCCAGACGCUGAAAUACCUGUACAACCUACAGCUCUUCUUGACAACUUUGCUAGUGCUGUAAAAUGGAUUGAAAAUUAUAAUAUUAUAUAGUUUUGAACUUUGAGAAAUUUAUUUUCUUUCAUAUAAAAAAAACGCCUUUUAAAUGCUAAUAAAUAAGUUUUACAAUAUUACAGCACAAUAUUGGUAAAUUUUUGCAGUUU